AAGCUACGAUUGCAACAUAGGAAACCCUGGCCGACCGCAUGGGCAAGGGGAGGCGGAGGAAGCGGCAGCAGUGGUCGCUUUCGUCUCAUCCGCUUCGCAACGGCAUUCUGCCUCCUUCGCGGUUGUCACGGACUCAAUUUCCAUCAGAGAAAAGUGGUCAGGUUGAUGCCUUUCCUAAGGCUGUUGAAUAACAUGCGAACUUAUUUUUUUUUUGGCUUGAAUUUUGAUACAUAGAUAAUUGAAAAAUCUUGCACUUUGGAAUAUAGAGAAAAGAGAUUUUUUUUUUAAUUUAUGAGUUACAGCCAAGGAUAGAGAGAAAGAACUAGCAUCUUUGAACGUCGCCGAAAUAUCUUGAGAGCCUAAUUCAAGUUACAUCUUUACAUAUAAAACCUCUAACAUUAAAUUCUCAUCCAAAUAACUCCCUUGGCUGUACUAAUACCAACUACACCAAUAACAAUCAAGUCAUCUUCUCGAUGUGAAAAGAAAAAAAUAAUGAAUCGACCACGCAGCUCCCUGUUAUCAGCUGCCUCGCUCUUCAGUGUGUUAGUGUCCACAAGUACAGCCUUCAUUGAGACGGCACGCGAGGAGAGCCUAGUAAUUAGACCAAAGAAACAGAUCCUUUUCGCCAACGCCUUUGAGGAAACACCCGCCGAGAGGAUUCCUGACGUGCCUGACGAAGUAUUUCAACGCGAGGAAAUACUAGAGCAAGAUCACGACGCGUCCAAGGAGAGCGGGCGGGCUGUGUACGAACCCGCUGAACAUGCACACAAAAAAUCAGGACUCCCCACUCGCUUUCGUGUGAGGCGUGACGACCUUAGUUCUCCAGCGGCCGACACACCUGGCUCCUCUGUUCGUCGUCAGCAGGGAAUACUUACCUGGUUGUAUCAAGUCCCUGGUUAUCAGCACAGUCUACAUCUUUCUAGUAUCCCUCUCCCGAGUACCCAGAUAUCCGUCCCUUAUGUCUCUGUCAGUGGGAAUAGUGAUAUUAGGACAGGGACUCCUUAUAUUCCUCCUCCAGGAUAUCCUAUAUUGGUUCAGGAUCCUUUCGGGUACCUGGCAUUACAUCCCUACCCACAGUUCCCUCAAGGGCAUCGCCAACAUCAUCACGAAGAAGUCAUCUGUAAGAGUGAAGAGUUAGAAGAGUCCAUAACAUCAGAUACAGGGAGAUCUAGUGUCUCUUUUCCCUCUUCCUCUACAUUAUCGUCUUCUCCUGUUCUUCCCGCUGCAGCAGCCUCCCCACCAUCUUUAGUGACCCCGACAUCUCUUUUACGAUCAGUUUUAUCUCCCUCGGUUCCAGCUUCUUCAUCGACUCCGUCUUCUGUUUCUUCUUUAUCGUUUUCUCCUCCGUCACCCGAUUCCUCCUCGUCAUUUUCUCAUCCUCCGUCAUCCGACUCCACCUCUCCUCUUUCCUCUCCCUCGCCAUCUCUUCCCACUUCUUUAACUCCGACAAAUUCUUCUUCUUCCUCUCUUUCCCAUCCGACGCAAGAUGACGAAAUCCGCUUUGUCUUCCCUGUCGACAAAUUCGUCUCUGCCGACAACAUCAUCUUCCCUUCCAGCACCGACCGACCUAUCAUUUUCCCGACUCAUUCUCCUGCCUCCGUGACUCAGCCUUCCCCUACUUCCGUACCUACUAAUAACAUCACCGUACCUGCGAACGAGACAGAUAUCAGAGUGAGUAUUGUUGCCCCUAGCCGACCUUGCACGAGGCCAUGUGAAUACGCUGCAGCCGAGGGUGUGUGUUUAACAGACUACUCGUGCCUCACCAGACACAACGCGCUUCGGAUUGGUAAUUCGACUCAACGAAGCACAGAGAAACCCUAACGAUCGAUUGCUUGUGAUUGUCAGUGAUUGCCUAUUCGACGAAGGAAAGUAGGACUUCGUGUCUCGUUUAAUUUCUCACUCCGCUUAUGACAUGCAGUGGUUGCGUUUACAAUAUGUAUGCAUAAAAAAGAUCCUGUGUUAGAUUUUUGUUCAACCCGAUUUCGCGGCCAGAAUUGUAUCAUGUUUUGCCUGAGUAACAUUUCCUCUCUCUGCCAAUCCUUCAUCUCUGUGUCUGUCUUCGAUUUAGAGCAGAAUGUGACCAUGGGAUAACUAGUUUAUCAAGAUUAAACAUUGUGUUUUGUGAUGUAUUUGCAUUAGAAAACAAUAGGUUAUGGAAU